GCGGAUGACAGCGGAUAACAGAACGAGUCUCGUUUGUUGAUUCUCGUACGGACGGAUGACAACGGCUAGGAUUCAUUCUGUUACCGGAUGCCAGCGGAUGACAGAAUUGCACUUUGGACACGCUCUUAUAUCCCUUGCAUUUAGGACACCGCGCACCCGAAUAGAUUACCCCGUGACUCGAGUCGUGCCCGCAGCAGCGAGUGGGGUGGUGGAGAGAGUGAAAACGGAAGCGCCGGGGAUUAGCGCAGUCUCCACGCUCUGAUAACAUGGGCCCUCUUUUAGGCUUGGGAGAGGGAAAAAAACUUAUUCGUGGGAGGAGAAAUCGCCGAUUGCCCUGGGCUGGGAGGAGUAAAUGAAGGGGGCACAUCGAGCCAAAAAACUGUUGUGUCCCGCCUUACAGUGCACUGUAGGAGUGGUUGCGUUGCGUCGUUUUCCCGUCGCAGUUCCGAUCGUUAACGAUCCGUCGAAACGUUCUAGCGCCUCGAGAAAGAAAAUCCAGACUGAGCAAGUGGGUGGCGAGAGACUUCGAGAGAAACUUCGCAGUGCUUGAGGGGAAUGACGUAAUGGGAAUCCCUUGCCCAGCCCAAAGGACUGUUUCCGGGCGCUCGUUUUCUUUUUUAGCGUCACUAUGACCGCUCAAUGCUUGGAACAGCCGAUAUUUCCCACCAGCCGUAGUGUCAGCACGGUCAUCGAGAGCCACACGUUUUUACAUCGCCGCCCGGUUCGCACCGCGCCGCUCUUGCGAACUGGGCUGGCAUUUUGGAUCACAGUUCGUACUUCCACUCAUUCUCACACCUCCAGCUCACAGACCACGCGCGAUUCCGUCCCGCCCACAGCAGUCCGCUAAUCGCGGCGAGUGGUCGAGCGCCCCUGGGUUCAUUAAUUUCAGGAGGGGAGAGGGGAGGAGGAAUAGGAGGAGAGAAAUUGUUCUGCGGUACUUUCUAUCGAGGCAAGAAAGGCCACGAAGGCAACCGAUUAUUUUAGCAUGACGUGGUCACCAGUCGUGCUCCUCGCGGGGUAGAAGCGGGAGCGGGAGCGGCAGGAGGGAAGGAAGGGUAGAAGACGCAGGGGUAAGGAGCGGACUGUGGCAGUGCAUCUCUGUCACGUGCUUACCAUCAUUCGUGUAAAAAUAGAGUGGAUUCACGUGUUUCCCGCAAAUGAGACGCGAAUGGGACGAGCAAACCCUAGUCGCGCUGUCGUCCUCAGAUGCGCGUCACGUGACGGAACUGACGACGCACAGGUGCUCAAAUUAUAAUUCCGGUUCGAUGGGAUCCGUUGUUCGUUCGAUUAAGACACGGUCGUGCCGUAUCGCGACGUAGCGUGCCUGCAGGCUUGCCGCGAGAGACUCCGUCCCUCCCCCAUUAGGGGAUAUCCAAGUAGAAGUGUCCCACACGGUGGUGUGGGACCAUGAAACUACACUGUAGUGGCACUAUCAUGCUUCUACAGGGAUUUCCAAAAAUCGCUCUCCGCCUCUUCUGCUUCAAGGGCCUGUUCACCCCAGGGGUGCGUGCGGCCCUAGCCAAGCAGUAGGAGCCGAACGGAGAUAGAUGUAAGAGAGGCCGUUCCCAUGUAUUUUUCACCGAUCUACCUCCAGUAAGGCUGUUCCGCAGAGCUGUGAUAAGCCGUCGGACCUACUAGGUUCCCCACUGUCGCCUUAGUUGGCUCCCAUUUGGUAUGCCAGCACGAGCAAAGCUUUCCAGUGACCUUCGCGCCGAGCACUGGCGAAAGCAGACAGGGCUCCCUUCUUCCACCAACCUGCUGGGCCAAGAAUGGACCUUCAAGGUCAGCUCGAGAUUCUGGAUCACGAAGCUGGUCCAGUGAGUCGCGUCGGGAAAUUCAUGGAGCGUCAUGGAGAAAUUCGACGCCAUAGAGACGACCCCGUUGAAGCUAGCAUGCACCCGCCUCACCCGCCAAUGCUGCGCCAUAAGCACGCGCUCCAUCCACCCCGCUCAAGUGCCCCCUGCGCGGGGGGCAGUGAUGGCGCCAGUGCGCCCUUUGUAGUAGUCCCCGCUUUGGAAAGAGCAGUUAUGGAGCUCUUAGAGCAGCAGCAGCAGCAGCAGGGGCGGCGGCGGCAGCAGCACCACCACCAUCAGCAACAGCAACAGCAACAGCAGCAGCUUCUGGAUAUUCCAGGGGCGCAGAUCACUCAGCCAGCCAUGGUCACAACGCACAUUGGACCGGGUGCGGCUGGAUUAAUGAGCUGCGGUUAUGCUAGUGCUAAUGCUCUUGCUCAUGACCGCUGGAUAGUUAACCCGGACGCCAUGGCUUUAAGCGACUCGUACCUCCUGUCCAGCCUACUGCUGCAGCAGCAGGAGGAGGCGCCUGGCGAUUGGGAUGAGCUCCCGUCUUGCGAUACCCUCUCCCCAGCGGGAGUGGUGUUGCAGCAGCACACGGCACAGCAGCAGCAGCAGCAGCAAACGGCACAGCAGCAUGCGGCAGUUUGGAGCUCAACCAGAGCACACAGCAUGGUGGAAUCUGGGGAUGCUCUUGCUACCAGCACGGAUGCCGCAGCAGCGCUGGUGCAGCAGCAGCAGCAGCAGGAGCAGUACUUGGCAGUUCGGACUAUUGAAGGGGAUGCAACAGCGGCGCUGGUGCAGCAGCAGCAAGUUGCAGUGGAAAACUGGGUGGCACAGGCUGAGCUGGCAGGGCUGACUCUGCCGCCCGACCUGAUCCAACAAUCGGCACACGCCGCCCUUUUUGCGCAGAUGCAGAUUCAGGAGCAAGCCGAGUGGCAGAACCAGAGUCCGCCCAUUUCUGCGUGGUCGGAAAACCCCUGCUUGGCUUUUCGUCAGACAGAGGGGGCAAUGCCGAAUUCACGAGACGAUGUCAACGUGCAUGUUGCAUCACCACCAGGCUCCCGCACCCUGGAGGACAGUCCACGCUGCGAGGUGAAUGCAUCCCAGGAGAACGCAACACUUCUAGCGUUCUCUGCGUCCCCUGGAGCUUCCUCCCCACAUGCACAACCGGUCGCUCACUUUUCGCGUGCCACUCCUGGGACAUCUUUCGCACCUGCCGCUCCUGGUGUUUGUGGAACGGGCAAGGGAGUCAAUGGUUGGCCAAUGCGAGAGCCUCCUGCCGCGUGUACGCCCCUGGUUAGGUUGGGGAAGGCGCCGCGGUGGUCGGAAGAGAGGGGAGUGAGGGAGGUGAAGAGGGAGGAGGAGGGUGGGGAGGACUGGAGGCCGCGCAUUCGAACGCGAUUGGAUGGGCUGUCGGUGGGGCGGGGAUGCAUACAAGCCAGGAGCAUGAAGGAGAGAAGACGGCGCGAUAAGAUCAGGGAGGGACUGCAGCAGCUGCAUCGAGCGUUACCACCGUUUCUCCUAAGAGCAAACCUAGAUACAGCGUCAAUGGUGGAAGCUGCACUUGCACACAUAAAAGACCUGCAGGUACGGAUCAAAGCUCUGGAGAAACCAAAACCUCAAGAUGGCUUGCAGUACAGCAAAACUCCAUAGCCCUGUAUUGUCCUUCCAUAGCCUGUACAGUGCACGACAAAGCUUGCAUCUGUAAGUCGUUCAAAAUGGCAAUCUCUGUGCUGUACAAUUAUUUGAGAGUUAAGGUGUGAAAGCUCACCAUCUUGAAGUGCUCUCUUUUGUGCCUGUGGCUGUUCUUAUGUAGCUUUUUGUGUGGGAUGUGACACCCUAGUCCACCUACACACUGCCAGGGCUCAAAUUUGAAGGGUGUUUCACCCUGAUUACCCUUGCCAACGGCCACUUUUUCAGGAUUACCCUGAUUUUGUAAGGCCAAAGUUUCUGACCCUUUCUCAAAAAGUGUAAGGAAUAUUUUACCCUUUUGUAGUAAGAGUGUUCGUCUUAUUACCCUGACCAGUCAGGGUGCGCCAAAAAACACCCUGAAACAGA